AUGUCGGGUGAUGUGCUGGGGCAGGCACAAUGGAGGCAGCGAGGCGCGUCUGACCGCAUCUUGACACAUGCGAUACGUGUUUUUAUACUUGAAGAAAAAAUAAACCCAAGUGAGUAUUCGCGCCUUUGUGCUUUGGCGAAGCAGCUGGGAGCUGUUGUUUGCACAGACCGGCGCGAUGCCAAUAUGCUGCUCACUGGUAUUCGUGCCCCAAAACGCAUAGAGAUGCAUACGAGCGCAGAAGAGAGAGAUUGUAUGCCCAUAUUAGAAACCGAAUGGCUCGAUGAGUCUGCCCGACAGAAGAAAUGCCUCGCUUUUGAUGGCUUCCUAGCAUGGCAACCAAGACGGGUCAAGGAGCAGGAUCCUACUGCGCAAUGUUGCAUGUGCGAUUCAGAUGCUACACCUCCCCCAUCUUCCCCGUUUUUGAAUUCAUCGCGUGAAGCUAGUCCUGCGCCAACUUGGACAAAUUCGGAAUAUGCCGUAUGUCGUCCCACGCCUUUGCGUAGCCCGUGGAACCAGGCCCUGGUGGAUGAGCUAGAGCUGCUUCGAACGCACCGACGUCUUGCGUAUGACGUGCAUAGCGAGCUGGCUUAUCUUCGCGCAGCCAGUGCCGUCAAAGCUGUGCCGCACUUUUUGGCCACCACUAGCCAUGCAGAUCUUCGUCAGAUCAAAGGCGUAGGGCCGAAAAUGGCUACUACCAUUCGCCAAUUUUAUGAGGAAGGCUAUAUUCCUGAAGCUCGUAUGAUCCGAUCUGACCCUGCAGUGCAAACCAUGCUCACUUUUAUGAAGCUGUACGGCAUCGGUCCCCGCACAGCAGAGCGUGUUUACAAUGAGGGCUGCAGGACGCUGGAGGAUGUCACGCGGCGCUGCAAGACCGACCUUUCUGCCCGACUCGGGCCUGUCACAAGUCUGGCCCUGCUUCCAGACCUGUCUCAAUUGAUUCCGCGUGAUCAAGUCGAGUCUAUCGCUGCGGCCAUUCACCAUAUACUCCAAUCUAUGGUGCCUGAUGCUCAUGCCACGAUUGCGGGGAGUUUUCGGCGCGGUAAGGCAGCAUCUGGGGAUGUGGAUAUGGUGAUGUCGGGCACAACUAGCAACUCAGCAUCUUCUAUCUUGUCUAGUCUGGUGCAGACAUUACAACGUCUUGGCAGAGUAUCACACAUACUCAGUGUCCCACGCCAAGAGGAUCACCGGGAGGUGGAUGUGGCGGAGGUGGUCUAUGUGGCCUCUACAGCUUUGCAUGGCCCGGUUCAUCGGCGAGUGGACAUAGUAUUUGCCGCUCCAAACCGAUACGGCGCAGCUAUUCUUGCAUGGACGGGCAGUUCCCUCUACGAGCGUGAUCUGCGGCGAUGGGCCCAGGCCCGAGGCUUUUCCUUUUCACAAAUGGGUCUCGUCGAUUUGCAUACACAGCGCACACUUGUCACGCCUACGGAAGAGCACGUCUUUGACAUGCUGGGCUUGCCAUGGAUGCCACCCACACUACGGAAUGCCGACCCUUAG